AUGGAGAGGCUGCGGUCACGUGUUCUCCAAACAUCCUUCGAGAAAAAACCUUUGAUUUUGACGUCAGACGAAGAAGACAGAGAAGACGGAGAAGACGGAAGAGACGAGAGAGGAGUGGUUGGAUUUCGGCCUACAUUCAGCAAUAACAGGCGCUUUCACGCCUCCCCGUCACUCGGAAGAUACACGUCCACACCCAAAAUCAACACAGACAGCCUCGCUGAGACCUUGGAAGACCAUAGAAUUGCCAACCGUACAGUGGUGCGGAAGGUUAAAGUGCGCAGAGACCCGGACUGGUCCUCUCUAAGCUAUGGCCUUGCAACAAGGAGCAGCAGCAACCCACCCCAGGAGUUACACGUCGAAACAUAUCAGCAAUUGCAGAAGCUGCGGAAGCUGACGAAGCUGACAAGCUAUACAAAGAAGUUAAAUACCCACCAGCUGAAGCAACUCUACCCCACGACGUUGAAAUCGAGCCCACGGAAGACUGAGCAGCAGAGCGUGCAAUGCAAUUGGCUGCAGUAUAUGAACGAAGAAGAGUCAAAGGAUGGAUAUUCACGACUCAAUGAUGAAAUAUGGGCGUUUGAAGGGUACAUGUCUGAGAUUCGUCAGGAGAAGGAGACGGCGAGGAGAGUGAUUAGUGAGGUGGAAGAUAUCAUAAAGCCCAUUGGAGAUUCUACUCAUCAGCGGCCGAUGUUGGUUGGAUCAAGGUACACUGGCAUGAAUAUGCGGAACUCGAACGUUGACUUGAUGAUUCCUAUCGAAGACCCGGGUGGUCUGCCUAGCAGUGCACGGGGGCCGAGCGCUACUCGUCCGAAGAUUACGGCUAUACAAACAAGCCUUUUGUCCCAAGCUGCGCGCCUUCUCCGUGCAACGGGGACAUUCUCCGGUGUUACAGUACCAAGAGGGCAUGUUCCUUUCGUCUCGGCCGUUCAUUCUGCCACAGAUCGAAGAGUGCGGAUAUACUGUGGCGUCAAGCCCAACUCUGGUAUGGAAUACAUCUUGAACUACAAAACAGAAUUUCCUGCCCUACGGCCGCUCUAUAUUGCUAUACGGAUGAUUCUGGAAACUAGAGGGAUGCUUGGUACCAAUAAUCAUACCGUUGACCCAUAUGGACUGAUUAUGAUGAUUGUGGCGGCACUGAAGCUAGGAGAGGGUAAAUUUCAUCGCCACGACCUGGGAAGGCAGUUCUUGCACGUCCUUCGGUUUUAUGAGAACAUCGAUUUGCUUCGUUAUGGGAUCUCUGUUGACCCGCCGGAACUUUUCAAGAAGAGGACACAUGCUCGGUCUCUAGAUACUGAACAAUUACCACAUGUUCGAGGCCAGAAGAGUAUUUCUAAGAGAUCAGUCACCCGAGGGAAUGAGAUGCUAUGCUUACAGGACCCGGCGGAUUUUAUGAAUGACUUGGGCAUGUCGAGUUUCUCUGCGACGAGACUGCGAAGGGUGUUUGGCGAGGUAUAUGCUGACGUCCUGGGCAAGGUUGAGGCUUGGGAUGGGGAGGCUCGUAGGGACAAUGAGCUGAUGCUCAAUGACGGUAUUGCAGCACCAGAGAGACCCAGUCUGCUGAGGUUUGCUCUUGGGUCGAACUACGACCAUAUAGAGGCUCUGAGGGAUAAAGCUAUUGUCGAAUGCUCAUAA